AUUGAAUACCAACGACAAUAUUCGAUACAUCCCCACCAAGGUCAGAAACUGGUUUGAAAGUAUCUGGUUUGUUUUCAAGCAAUGCAAUUUGUUAUUUCUAAGAAAUAUCCUUAAGGUCUAUUCGUGAUGGCCAAUCAAUAGUUUGAACGCACAUCAAUCAAUACUUAACACAGUUUUCAGUCACUUCAGAUAUAUAAAUUUAAGCACCCAAUAUCCCGAUUUUGGGGAAAUUUUUGGGAAAACUGCCAAUUGUCAUUGGAAUUGGGCGAAACUCCUAGGAUCAGGAGAUUAGGGAAUAUCGAUGAUCUACAUUGUUAUAUUUCCGUAGAUGUUGAUUAGAUGAUAUUUAGCCCUUUCAUUAUACUCAUUUUAAGAGAUCGGUUUUAAUUUUUUAGAUAUAGAUGGUUUCACUCUAUAAUUCCUCGAAGUUGAAUUUUGGUUUGCCUUCCUAUCUUUUAAUUUAUACUUCAUUGUUCAUGGGGAAACAUUCUGAAUCUCCGAAUUUUAGUGUCUCUCACUUCAAAACCUUGAUAUUCUAACAUGAGUUCAUGUUAUUAUGUUGUUUGGUUUUGGGAGUUUGGAACAUAAUUCUGUCACAGUCCCAUGCGCAUAAGGUUCCCUAGUUUGUUUAGGUUUCCUUGAAACAGUCGAGAUUCUACGUUAGAUUCCCCCGCACGAAAAUUUGAAACCCUGAUUAUUCUUGGAAAUUUAUCCACAAAAUGUCAGUAAUACCUCACUAGUUUGUGGUCAUAGCUCAUGCCCUCAGGAACUAGCGUCACUGUGUUUCAUACACAAACUAGCUUGGUUAUCACCUAUGAUACAGGAGAGUAGGUACUCUUCUUUAUUAUAAGGUUUCGUUAAAUUAAUUGUUUACUGUGUAUUUAACCCAGAACUCUUGGUUCCCAACAUGAAUGUCAGCCACAAAAUACGAACUGAAGUCAUUCAGGCUGGUUCUUGAACUUAUCAGCUUCUGAAAAUCAAAUUCACUGGGAUAAUUAUGAUUGUAAUAUGGUUCGUUGGAAGUUUGGUCCUCUCAAAUAAUCAGGACCUAUAAAUUAGACAUACAACCAAACUAAACGGGACUAGAACUCGUUUCAUUUUUACAGAUUAUCUUGGAAAUUGAGUCGAACUUCAUUUUAACAACACAUCUUGUCCAAUACUCCCUAACUAGUUAUUCCGCCUUACAUGUCUAUGGUGAAUUUUUCAGUCCUUAAUAUUACCCACUAUUAGUUAUCAUGAUAGUUGUAGAUUACCUACUGAUUCCUUUUGAACACAGUCGUUUUAGCCCAAAAACAGCUAUAGUUCCUGGAAGUUUGAGUCUAACCGAGUUGCUCUGUUUAUUGAUCAUUUUGGAUGGACAUAUUAUAUAGACCGGUUGUCCAGGCCUUUAAACUGCAAAGACUUCAUCCAAUUCAAAGGGUCCGUGUCAUGUAAAUCGUGUAAAAAGACGGCUAUAAAUUUGGCAAUUUUGUAUCACUAAAAACGUAACAAUAAGACAUUCGUAAGUAAACGAGUAGGCCUACAGUGUAUGUAUACUAUUUUGUGUAACUACAGUCAUUAUUAUAUCGUCUCUAGAAAUAGUAAAAAAUUACCUAGUGACAUUUCAUUUGAAAUCUAACAGUAAUAUUAUCUGCAAGGUUUAGUCACUAAGAUUAACUUUUGUAUUGUAUUCUUGGUUCAUUUCAUUGCAUCUACCAAUGCAUUUUCCUUCAAUAGCUUAAUUACUAUGGAUCAUUUGGAAACCACCUAUAAAUUUUUGAUACCGUCGUUCAUGCCAGCCAUAACUCAUCCCCUGACUUAUGCCAGGACAAUGAUGUUGUUGGGGUAUGAACCAUUUCCUCCUGUUCGUCGAUUUACUUUACGUAACAUUCUACGUCCGAACUAUGAAGUAUAUUACUACCCAAGUGUUUUCACUUACUGUCGUAAACUUCGCCAAGAGGUUGGGUUGUAUGGAAUUUUCACCAUUGGACUUCCUGCUAAUAUUAUUGGGUCAUUUGUUAAGUCGUACUCUACCAACAUCACUAUGGAGGUACAAAAUACUUAAUAUACAAUUAUUAUUUGCAAAAGUAUUUAACUCCGGACUUUUUUGAAAAGAAAACAUUUUUUGAAACUGAUAAAGGAAUCAGAAUUUUUUUGAUCAGUGUAAUUUUGAUUAAUAUCAUUCUUAACUAACUUACCCUUUCAGACCAGUAAAUGUACUGUUGCUCGAGUAGUGGGUGUAGUUGUUAGUUAUCCAUUCCAAGUCAUAAUGAUUCGCCAAAUGUCGCAAUUUAUCAAUGGGACACAAUUAUAUGAGUAUGAAUCACAAAUAAAUUUAGUUUAUGUUUGUCUCCCUCCAGUUGUAUUUUCAAUGCUUUUCCUACUAUACUGAGAAAUGAAGGUUUUUUAAGUUUCUUCAGGUGUGUUUUAUCUAAAUGAUAUUCCUUUCUAGUGGUUUGACACCUAGAUUAAUUGGAGAAGUUAUUACAGUUUGGUUGACUGCUUGUCUUGCCUAUUUUUUCAAUAAAUAUAUUUUCAUGGACCGUAUCGACCCUCCUCUGAAAAAGCACACUCCCUUGGUAACUGAGAUGAUAGUAAGUGGCGCCACUCAUGGACUCACAGUCACCUCCACAGUUAUGGCUGCUUGUGACUCGACGUACGUCAUAUUUUAGAACACAAUCUGUAGUAUAUAUAUAUGCGUGUUUGUGGUGUGUUUUUAUUUAUGAAACUGUUGUAAUUUUUAGUUAUGAUUGAUAUUUUGACCUACCCAUCAAUCUCUACUGAUAUAUAUAUAUAUAUAUCGCUGUUCCUUUAUCCAAUUUUCGUCUAUGAAUACGUAUCUUUUUACCAUAUAGUUUUAUUUACUAUUUCUACAACAUUUAAGUUCUUUCUGUGUUACUGGAUGUCUCCCUGACUCAAUUAUUUCCACAAGUUUUUUGGUUGCAUAAUCAGCUGGUUAGUUUCAGAGCAUUUUUCUUAUUCUUAAAUGCUUCAUUGUGGUACUCUAUCAACUACCAAACAGUUAGCUGUAUCCACAGUGCUUACUCUAAUAUUCUUUGAUUACCGUAAUCUUAUGUAUCCUUAUGGGUGAGUGAUCAUAGAUACUAUUUAUGUAGUUUGUGAUAUUUUUAGUUUAUAAAUUUCUAUAUUAAUCAGUCAUUAAAACCCAAACAGUAUGAGAUUGUUUUUAGCAAUACUAUCCUGGUUCAAGCGCUUAAACUUUACUAGUAGUAAGAGCCUGUUUUUCGAUUACUAAUAUUUCUGUCGUCUAAUAAUAGUUUUAUAAAAGUAGUCACAAAUAACUACUUGGUUUUUCAAUUUCUAGUUGAACAUUAUAGAAAAUGCGAUAAAUAAUAACAAAGUCAUCGUUUACAAAGAUUGACUUCCACACUUCACUUCUGAAAAUAAAGUCAUUUUGACAUGAAAACACCAAUUUGUUUCAUUUUUAUUAAUAUAUUAUUAAUUUCAGAAACAAUCUCGCUACGAUUUAAAGUUAAACUUUAUGCUUUAUACUGUAUGAGUAGAACUGCAGCUAUGUAAAUUUCUAAUUAUUGUUUUAUUAUUUUAUCUCACCUCUUAAACAAAUGGUUCAACCUAUAAAUUCUAAGAUACUUAAUAGUUUAAUCAUUUGUGUGUAUCAUAGACUUAUUUAUCCCAUUUACUUCGGGAUAACAUACUUUUAGCAUAUUAAGGUAGAAAAAGAAGUAUAACCACGUAAUAUGCUAACUAUCAUGGCUUACUAAAAACGGAAUUAUUUUGUGUUAUAAAGUGUUCAGGAAUUUCAGAUAUUGAAAGAGGACUACUUGAUGAUCUAAAGGAUGAUUGAUACUCUAGUAGGAAUUGUAGAUGAUAGGUAUGGAAGAUAUCUAGAGAAUAACAUCAGAAAUAGAUAUUUAAUUUUAUAUGCUACUCAGGAUAAUCAUCGUUGGUUCAUUUUUUGUCAGUUAUUUUAAUAUAUUUUAGAGUUUGGUAAUGUACCAGAGGGAGUAAUUAGUAAAAAAAAAGAUAGAAGGAAUUGCAUAACUAAGCUGAGUAACCCUGAAAUUUCAGUCUAUCAACAAAUUUGGCUUUUAUAAUUAUUCUCAUUGUCUCGUCGGGUUAAAUAAUUUUUUUUACAAAAAAUAUUGUUAUUUUACAAUAACGUAUUAGUUUGGUAACUCACAUUUCUUUACUCAAUGAACAUGAUGACGAUAUACCGUUGGAGAUAGUGAUUAUUUUAGAAAAGUUCAUGAAACGUUAAUGGCUUCAUGAUAAAAUGAAAUUAUCUUGCCUCACUGUCAAAAGUUGCGACUGUUCAAUUAAUAUUAUUUCGAUCAAAGAUCAAUUAUUUAUUAACCAAAGGUUACAUACUUCUUACUCCAUUAUUAUUUAAGUCUUUUCUUAUUAAUAGUGUAACAAAGGAAACUUAUUGUUGAGGACAUUAUAGACCAACAUAAAUUUUAGACACAAAAUAUCAGAUUUAUAUUUUGUUAUAGAAUGUUUAUCUCUUCAUUUGCAUGCAUUCAUAUGUGUUAAUUUGUUAUAUUCUCAAAACGCAUUAAAACUGUUCUUACUCAGAUUGCAUUUUGAUAAGUAUUAUCUCAUAACCACAAGUACAAAGUACAGAUGUGAUUUCAGGAUAUACACUCGUAAAACGAGUUUUAACUCACACUUUUUAUACUUUUGUUACUUGAUCUAACACUCUUCUAUUUUACUAACUUAUAAAUGUUUGAAUAGCUUCACUAAAUGAUAUCGUCGAAAAUAAAGUUUUCUUUGCAGAACAGCCUUUAUUUUUCACAAACGAUGUGAUGAGUUUCUUAAGAUUGCUACAUUUUCUGUAUUCAUUAUAGCAAUUCUAAACAAAAUGUGGUAACAGUCUCUGAAUAUUAUCCCUCCAUCAUUAUUAACGUCGUACCUGUAUUCAACAAUUGGUGGCAAUGUUAUUCCUAUCUCAGCCAAUCUGUAAGUUUCUUGUUUCUCUGUAUUUAUGUCGUACAACGUUUUUUUUUAACUAAUAUACCUCAACCUGACGUCAUUUGUUCAAAACAGCAGUUAAACAAAUCUCAGUCUAGCCAUACAUAUUUGAUCUCUAAUGGUGUUGCAUUCUCUAAGCGAAGUUUUGGUUAUCAUUCUGGAAAAUGGCAUUAGCGUCAAGUUGGCGUUAAUUUAUUGUCUACGAAAUUUCACCAACCAGUCUUUUCAUCGUAGCUGCGGUAUAGGUGGUCCAAUUGACAUUUGUUUGGUGUGUUUUGUGUUCAUUUUUCGAGGUGACGAGACUAGAGCAGAUGCCCAGCACCUAAACGUAGUUGGUGAAUAAGAAGAGUCAGUUUAGAGGGUUUUUGAAACCGUGAUUAUAAAUCAAUGGUGUGCAUUAGAUUCAGAAUCGGCUACCAUAGGACUGCAUGUCGUGACGUUACUUUGUUAUUGAUUGGACCUUUCGCUCAAACGCUUGGGGUAGCCCAUUUAAUCAAACCUCGGAUUCGAUUUGGGAUUUUAGACAGUAUCCUAGCCGACACACAAAUACGAAGGUAGCUAUUGAUGGAUAAAAUGUUCUAUUUGUUCUGCUUUACUAUUCCUCCGAGCAAUAUUUACGAUUACUUUGCUAUUGGAAAAUUUGUUUUAUACUGACUUAACUUUCCAUUCCAUUUUGUGUAUACGUCUUUCUGCACUAAAUUUAUUUGUUGUUGCCUAGAAUUCUAUCCUGUUUAAAUGGUCUGCAGUCAUGUCACCAUUAAUUUACUAGUUCUAAUAACAGUUUUUCUAAAACCAUUUGUGUCAUUUAAAAUUCUGCGUUCUUACCGUCAUGCGAAUCGGACAAUAAACAGAUUUAGCCAUGUCUUUGGAAAGACAAUGUUGGCGUAUGUUGUAUAUCUGACACUUGUAUCUAAAACUCUAAAAAGUACUACAAUUCGCUUUUCAUCCCAAUUUUGAAAAUCUACUGCACCUGCACUUAUUUCAGGGACCCUGUGUAGUAGGUGUCUGGUGUCAGAUCAAACGCCAAAGCGGAGGCAUUACUAAUCGACGGAGUUUUCAUUAAGAGUCAUUUAUGUACUAUUGGCUUGAAUGAUCGCAUCACAACGCGGAGAAACUAAUGUGGGAAAAUAUAUCUCUUCACAAUCUACCAAGAUUGGUUACAGCCCAACAACUCUUUAUGAUCUUCCUAGCCACCUCUAAUGCAAACAACAUAUCUUACUCAAAAGGUUCGAAGGUUGAUGCAAGCGAAUAGCAAUUAUAUGUAAUUACUUUUAAAAUGCUCCUAAAGUACAACAAUAAACUAGCAUGUUACAAGAUCAAGCAAUAGAGAAAAUAAGGAUUUAGCCCCAGUAUAAAUAGCUAGUACUUUACGUAUAAAAUUUGAGAGGGAAAAGCACAAAUUUAAAUUUACAAAACAAAAACAAAAAGCGUGAAUGUUAGAUUAUUUUUAGCAAUUUAAUCAUCUUCAACAAAACUACGUACAUAUAGAACUUUACAUUCUCAGCUGACCAACCUCAUAAAACCGUUUAUAAUUAAUCUUUCUAUUUUUGAUAUAAUCAUCAUUGAUAACAGUGCUGCCAGUCACUUCAUUCACUGAGAGUAUCCUUCUUCAGCUUUUGCUUAACACAGUUAAAUGUAUGGUUUUAAGCCUGUUACGAGUUACUACACCUUGUAAUGCUUCAGUAAUUACAAUAAUAUCAAUCUCAUAAUGGGUGUGAUAUACUGUAGUAAAUAACUUCAUUCGAUCUUAUAUCAUUAUUGUUUAACAUCUCCGUUAAACCAUGUUGAACAUAGAUUCAGGUGUAUUAUUAACUCACUAGCCUAUUGAUUUUAAUGAACUCAUUCACCACGUACUUGGGUAUAAGUUACACUCUAGUUGUAAGGGCUAGUGAUACUAUCUGGUUACCUGCCCCCAAAUACCCUCGUACGGUCGAGGGUGGGGAGAGUCCGCUCUCCAAAUGCUCUCACAUGACCACGCAUAUACAGCCACUGUCAAGGAAGUCUUACUCACUGCCUCCUCGUGAUGGGAGUGUUGUUUAUGAAUACAAAGAAGUUUUCCUGUUUAAUAGUAUUAAUAUUAAAGUAGAUAAUAGUCACAUACAUUUUAGUUACUUUUGAUAAAUAAUAUUUUCUAGGAUAUAUUGCUAGGCUGUAUUUAUUUACUUGAUCAACUAAGACAUUAAAUGAUUUGCUUAACAUCUUUAAAUUGCUUUUUUGAGGAAUGAUAAAUUAUAUAAAUUUGUACGUGCUCCUCCGGACUAUACUUCAACUGUAUUUUCUGAAAAAUACUUAUUUUAGUGUAUGCAUAAAUAAAGACUUUAAUAAAUUAACAUUUUUGCUUUAUAGGAUGCUUUUGUUAGAGGAUCAUCUUUAUUCUUCCGACGUGCUCCAUCACCAGUGUCUAAAUUACAUGGCUAUAGUCAAUGAAAAUACCUUUAGCUUACAUGAACGGGAUUACCUGAAACUGUAUUGAUCUGUUUUUUCUCUUUACUCAUAUAUUCUGUUACAUGACUCAAAUAAAACAUAUUUAAUUGAUUAUUUGUUUUCAAUACUAAUUGAGAAUUUAUACCACUGCAACCUUUAGUUGACAUUAACGACAAAUCUCUUUGCACUACUAAUGCGGUUAAUUAUUCAUCAUUCUGUUUGUGUUUGCAUGUAUCAUGUUAUUGUUGAGAAUGUUUUCAUUGAUAUGUAUUCGUUCACUUGCCGCACUGACAAUUUCUUUUUUUUUAAAGAAUGUUGCACUAGCUUUAAUAUUGUUUAUAUUGUAUACGUUCAAAACAAUCAAGAAAUGGUAUGUAAUUUGUCUGUUGCCUCCUCCUGCCCACCCCCAGUAUUAUUCCAAACAUUAUCAGUAAAACAAUACUCUUAGUCGAAGAUGAAUUUAUAUUACCCCAGUGAAUAAUUAAGAUGAAUAGUCUUUGUACAGAAAUACACAUACUUUUGUUGUAAGAGUACAUUUACUGAAUCUAAAUGAAAUACUACUACUAUUGCAUUUAUCAAUUAAUUCAUUCAUCAUUGCGUACUAUGGUGGCUUAUUAUUGUGUAUACGUAUCAUACGUUUGGUUGUUGCAUUUUCUUUUAACUAAAGAAUGAGAAACUAUGUGCUGAUUAUAGUACAGUGUAAUUCUAAAGGAGUUGUUAAAUAUGUAUCUGUCUCAUGUAUCGUAAUUAUGAAAAGAAUAAGUUAAGGUAUAUUUGUAAAAUCUAGAAAUUCAUGAUAUAUUGUAAAGAACCAUCGAAAAUUAAAUUCACCUCAAUCAGUUGUGUGAAUAAAGACAUCGACUAGAGGUCAGUAAAAUAUGUGCAACUGCUUCAUUUCAUCCUGUGACUCAGUUAAGGUACAACCAUUCACAAUUUACCAUUUUGGAGGUGAACCAAUAGGUAAGUUAGUCUUCUAACAAUUAUAACUCAUUUUUUCAGUUAGAACUUCAGAUUUUAAUCAAUUCAUGAUACCACUCAUUUAAGCAGAAUAAUUAAAAACAAAGAUACGAGAAUGUACACAGUAAAAAUAAAAUAACUGAGGAACAGUAUUACUGUCAAGAAAUAAACUGAAUUCAUUUUCGUCACUGUCUUCGAUCUCGAACUGUAUGACUUGAAGUCUUUAGUUAUUUAUCAGAGUUUUCUUCUAAACUGUGAUGGGAGGCCAUGGAUCUAGCAGCAAAACUUGUACCGCUAGUGGAUAAAUAGACUGUUUUGGAAGCUUACUACGGUACUUGAUAAACAGAAUAGUACAAUUUACAGGUUAAUAGCGUUGUACCCAUAGCAUGUAUCCCAUCCUUAAUUGUUGAUAGUUUACAAAUUCAUUGGCUAGUUUCUUCUCAUUAUCUAGUCUUGCCUGGGUCCAGUUGUCAGUAAAACUCAUCUCCCUCAUCUGAAAUCUAUUAUUAUGGUUUUAUCACUCUUCUAUCAACCUGCAUAGCACAAUAAAGUACCAUGAGCUAACCCAAACCACAUUUUUCUAAAUAAAUUGGUGCAGGAUUACCAUAUCUCGUUUUACUACCAUAUAUUAUCUUCCCAAUUUUAAUUCAAAUGUUAGUAAGUUGAGUCUGAGGACCUGAAACUCAUUUGUACUAGUGCCUGUUGUAUAAUAAAUACUGUUACAAGACACACAUUAAAGCAGAAGUUGAGUUAAUUUGUGACCCAUACAUCAGAUAUCUGUUACUACCAAGGACAUGGAAUCUAAUAGUAUUAUUCUCUGGCGAAUAAUAUUUAUUAUAAUACCUGUCCUCUGGGAAUUAAGAGAAUAAGCUAGUUUGUAGUUUAUCUUAGGUACUACACUGUUUCAAGGAAGUUAUUGUAUUACAGACUUUUCUAACAUCUAUACUAUUGUCACUUGUCCAAAUGAUCAUAUUUGUUAAUCUAUAGUUGUUAGUGACAAGUUAUGUUAUUUUAAUCUACUUUAAAUUUUUGUUUUAUUUUUCUCUUCAACUUUGUUAAAUGAUUUGAGAUUUUGCCUCUGUAUAUCCUUCAUAAGAAUAAGAACACAUACAUUUGAUUUAUAGAUAUAUUAUUAUCAAUAAUCUUUAUGUGUGUUUCAAGACAGUGGUUACUAUAAUUAACCUAAUAGUAAUGAGAAGUAACGUACUCUAUUUUCCGGUACAUGUUUCUGUAACAAAUAGUUUUUUUCAUGUACAUUUGAGGUACUUGUAAUGCCGAGUUAUGUUACCACUGUUAGUUUGAAAUAUAUAUGGCGGUUCUUGAACAUCUAGGAAAUAGUAGCGAUGUUAUUAUCACGUAUCCCUUGCGGGUUAUUUUGUUAUGACUUCUGUGUGAUUGUUCAACACGAUAGCAGUCUACAUUUCUCAGUUCCAUCAUUACUUAAUAUCUUUAUUGUAUGUUCUGAAAGCCUUGUUGAACUUGGUUUGCUUCCAUUCUCACGGAUCUUUGAUAGCUGGGGCUUCUAUCGAUAUAAGCAUCAAGAAGCUACCAAUUCUAUGAUAUAUUUAAAAAUAAUCGUUUGUACUUAGUGCAAUCAAGGUAUUCUGUAAUUGGAAAAACCUUUGUUCACUUGUUCGCGCCUCCAAUAUUCACAAGUAGAAUAAAAAUCUACUUUCCAUUAACAUAAUUAACUGAAUAUUUACUAAUCCAUUUAUGACCUCUCUCUAGCCAAAUAGAAAUACCAGCUGUUAGACUUUCUUACAGGUUGAUCCAAGUUAUGUAUCGUUUCCUUUUUAAUAUUUUAUUUCGUCUCAUUACAGUAAAUAUGUCAACGGAACAAAUAAUACAAAAUGAAAGUGACUUACCUCCUCCAUACUAUCAAAUAAAUCACGAAUGUAUUCGUCGUUACAAACGUAGAACUCAUUGUGCUUACUUCACAUUAAUUAUAUCAGGCAUUGUAAUGAUGCUAUUCGGUGCUCUUAUUCUCGUGAUUUUGAUACCACAAGAAAUCAAUUUAUAUCGAUGGAAUAUAAAAGGACCAUUAUCAAGAUUUUUCAAUCACGACAAAACUGUUUUACUAAUUAGUAUGGAUGGAUUUCGUCAUGAUUAUAUAGAAUUGACUAAAACUCAUCUGGGCUCUAAUGCAUUACCGAAUUUCGAUCGUCUAAUAUCGGAAGGUGUACGAGCUAUGGAAUCGAUCAAUGUUUAUCCUACAAUUACUCUACCUAAUCAUCGUACAUUAAUUACCGGUUUGUAUCCUGAAAAUCAUGGAGUUGUUGGGAAUAGUCUACUGGAUAAGAAAUGGCCAAAUAAAACUUUCAGUAUAUAUGAUCAGGAAAGCCUAAAUCAUGCUCCGUGGUUAACUGAUUGGCCUGAACCUAUAUGGGUUACAUUGCAAAAAAAUGGUGGCUAUACUGGUUCACUUUUAUGGCCUUUAACUGAUCAGUUUGUUAGCGAUGAUUUACCAUUUCAACGAGUUUCACAAUAUGCUUUACUUAAUGACUAUGAACACCGUUAUGCGUAUGACCAACGAAUCAGAGAUAUAUUAUGGUGGUUGAAAAAUCCUAGAUAUCAUUUAAAUUUAAUUUUAGCUUAUUUUGAAGAACCUGAUGAAACUGGUCAUUCAUACGGUCCAAAUAGUAAACAUGUUGCAAAAGUUGUUCAAACCUUAGAUGAAACACUUGGUCAUCUAUUAGACGGUAUCAAAAAACGUGGUCUUUCUGAUAAAGUAGAUAUUAUUCUAACUGCUGAUCAUGGUAUGUCUGAAACAUCAAAUACUCGUCUUAUUCCGUUGGACAAAUAUAUUGAUCAUUCUUCGUACAAUUAUACUCAAUUAUCAACUAUGGGAUUCCUUUAUCCUGCACCUGGGAAAUUUGAAGAAGUGUACAAACGUCUAAAAAAUGCGCAUCCAAAAUUAGAUGUGUAUCGAAGAGAUGAAGUUCCUACCUAUCUGAAUUUCAAUAUAACCAACUCUCGUAUGCCUCCAUUGAUACUUAUUGCUAAGCCAAGUUGGAAAAUUGUAAAGAACACUUCACAUCCUUACGCCAAUGUUUCUGGUGAUCAUGGUUAUGCAACAGAUUUCUCUGAAAUGUAUCCAUUCUUCAUUGCAAGUGGUCCUUCUUUCAAGAUUGCUGAGAGCGUUCCUACUGUCCAUGCUGUAGACGUUUAUCCACUAAUGUGUGCAUUAUUAAAUAUUCAACCAAAUCCAAACAAUGGCAGCCUAGAACGUAUUUCAAACAUACUGAAACCUGAUGUUGCCAAUCGCCUUUUGAAUUUGAAUAGUUGGUCAUAUUUAUGGAAAUGGAUCAUAUUUGAUUUGAGAUUUAUUUUAUUUAUUUCAAUUAUAUGCGUUUUAUUUAUGAUUUUACUGUGUUCAAUUGUAGUUGUGAUGAAUCGUAAAGAAACCAAUGAACCAUUCAUUCGUCUACCCAUUGAUAAUGAUAAAGAGUUUUCAGAUUAUAAUACAUGAAGGUAUUUAGUAACUAUAAUUCUUGCUCAACCUCAUCAAUUUAUUUCUAUUAUUGAUUAUUAAUGAUAACACAAACUCUAUCAUGAUUUUCAUUUGAUGAAUCUACAGAAACAAAAGUUUUUUUUUUAUCGUUCUCUAAAUCAAUAUCUAUCAACUCGAUCCCUUCAAUAUACAUAUAUACUUAAUUAGGGGUAUUUUUUUGUAUAAGAUGCAUAUUUGAUUGAUAAAUAUGACUUAAAGA